CCGAGCUGGCGGCGCCGGGCCCCGGCAGGUCUGACUGGUUCUUCCAUGACUGCCGCCGCCUUCGGCACUUGGCCCUUGGGCUGUUCUGCUGCGGGGUCUCCGUCUACUUGGCAGCACUGUCCAUCUACGCCCUGCUGCUUUUUGAGAUCGAGGCAGGUGCGGCCGCCGCCUCCAUCCUGGGCUCCGGGGCACUGCUGCUGGUGGCCGCGCUGACCCAUGCCCUGCUGCAGGCCGCCCGGGCCUCCCGUGCCGGCCUCCAUGACCUGCCCCUGCCCAGCUCCGAGGACGAGCCCGGCCGCCCCGUGGGCAUCUCCAAGGCCAGCCCCGGCCCGCAGCCCCAGCAGGGUACCCACCCCCAAACCCCCUACUCGUCCUGCCCAGGGCUGGGGGACCCCAUUCGGCCCAUGGCCACUGCCACCGCCCCUGCAGCUCCUGAGGUCGGCCGGGAGAGCCGCCUGCCCACACCCUGCGAGCCCCGAAUGCUCCCAACCAACAUGGGGCACUGGCACAGGGUCGCAUAUGAGAUGCACUCCAUGCUGGGCCACGGGCCGGGCCCUGUAGGAAAGGACUCCACACUGGUGUGAGCCCAGGGAGCAGCAGCCAGGGCACGUAGAGACCCGUUCUGACUCCGCUGCAGUAGCAGUAGAACCUGAUAUAGCUCACAGCAUCCCAGUGCCUCAUGGUGCAAAAUGGCUGCCAGGGCUCCAGCCUUUACCUCCUCACUAGACCUUGAUGCCAGGGAGGCUGGGAAAUAUGGCCACCCAGAAUGAGUAAGGUUCUGUAAUAGGCAAAUGGGGAGGACAGGGCUUAGGUAGUGAUUCUCUAAGUGUCUCCCUCCAUUUUACAGAUGAGGAAACCGAGGCCCCCAGAGAGGCAGUGACCCACCAGGGGUCUCAGCUCUGAGUGCCACCUGGGUCCUGAGAGCCCCGAGGAUGCUGAUGGCCGGUGACCCCUGAGCCUCAGGGCCUGCGAACAGUUGAAAGUGUGGGGCGUUCAGAGCCACCCACCCCGGCAGGCACAGGCACAAAGGGUGGGACCCUGACUUCUGGCUGGGAGCCGGUUGUGCCUCAGUUUCCUUGUUUGUAAAGUGGCCCUGGAGAGGACCCCUCACGUGGCCCUGGCCGUGUGGGGCUGCGGCAGGACCCGCCUGCACGACGACAAAUAAACCCUGAUCGGCUCUAUCACUGGAGCAGACCCUGCCUCCUCCCAGCCGGUGGGCGAGGAGGGAGCGCCCAGGCGCCAGAGUGUAUGCAUGGCAACAGAUGGGGCUGGGCGGGAGCUGGGGGGAAUAAAGCAGACAGCACCUUCCGGGCACAGCCAGCUGGCCCUGCUGAGCGCAAUGGCCAUGCCGCAAAGGCCCCUGCAGCUUUUAUUUCUCAACAGGGUCUCACUGUGUGGCCAGGCUGGCCUUGAACUUGCAAUCCUCCUGCCUCAGCCUCCCAAGGAGCUGGGAUCACAGGGGUGCAAGUAAGCAUCUCCUCAGCACAUGUCCAGUAUUGCAGGAGCUUUGCUGGCUUCAGGUGUUCCCAGGACAACCAGAUUCGCAGAUAAGGAACAGGAGGCCGGAGGAGGCUAUGGAGGAGAACACCCAGCCAGGGCCCUAGGACCCGGCCUCACGGCGGCUGUGUGGGACCCGCUGGAGACCUCUCUGGGACGCGCAGGGGCUGGGACUCCCGCAGAGUGAGGAGAAGCCCGGCGGACACCCCUGUGAGGACAGCACUCGGAGGCCGAGGCAGGAAGAUCCUCACGUUCAGCACAGCCUGGGCAACUCCACGACUCAGGGAGGCCGUCUCAAAAUAAAACAGUGCAGCUCAGUCCCAGGAAAGAGGGGAGGGAGGACCCUCGCUGGGUGCCGCAGACCCCUGCCCGCAGCCCGCUGGGAAGAGGCUGCACGAGUCAGUCACACCGCCGGUGCAGAGGCAGAGCAGGGGCGCAGGCCCGGAGGCAGCAGCCGCGUCCCCGCGUGCAGAGAGAACCCCACCCCAUGGAAUGGCGGCGGGCCCCAGGGCCCAGGGGGCGGAGGCAGGCUGGGGGCCUGGGCGGCUCCCUGGGGCUUGGAGGGGGGCACAGCACCGGCCGCGCUGAGCGCCAGGCGCCAGUGGACAGUGUGGACUCCACCAGACGUUCGCAGACACUGGCGGAGCUCUGAGGUCGGCUCCGCGGCCAGGGCCCGGGCAGGGAGCCGUGGGUCCCAGGUGUGGAACCUGAGCCUGGGAGACUGCGGGUCCCUGAAUGGGGUGCCAGGUGUCCCAGGCUCUGCCAGGUGCUCAGGUGUCAGCGGCACCUGACCAGGCUGGCAUGGACAGGCGCCGGGAUGGGGGCAGAGGUUGGGAGCUUGGUAAGGCAGAGCUCGGCCCUCACCAGGGCUGCAGAGGGCGCUCCGGGGCUCAGCCAGGGCAGUGGGGUCUGUGCCUUUGUGUGGGUGCAGGGAGCUGGCUCUGCUCGACCCUGAGGACAAAGCCUGGGGGCAGUGCAGAGCCCCUGCUGGGCUCACUGGACACACCUGUCAUCUCAGCACUGGGGAGGCUGAGGCAGGAAGGUCGCUGAGUCCCUGUCUCGAAACAACAAAAAAAAUGGGGAACUGAGGUGUGGGCAUCGCUCAGCGUUGCAACCCCCCUGCGGUGCUGGCCCCCUGCAUGGAAGGGCUGCAGGGUGAGCACCUUUGGGAUGGCGUGGGCCGUUGACACCCUGGCUGGAGGGGCCACCCGCGGUCCUGGCCACACAGAUGCCCUGAAAAGUGACCCGGAGCCAGUUCUGGGCGGCUGGGACGUGAGAAGACAAAGGCCUUUGCUUCGCAGCCUGAUCGGAUUGCGCAGCCUGAUCGGAUUGCGCGGCCGGCGCCAGUACGCCCAGGAGCCCCGGACGCGGAGAUGCCGCAGAUAGGGCACCAGCUCAGCCAGGACGGCUCGCGCCCCAGCUGCCAGCGCCACUCAGGGGGUGCCGACUCCCCAGGCUCUUCCCUGGGCCACCACUCGGCCUGCCCUGUGCCACCGCCCCCGUGGAGCUGGCUCCAGGGCACAUGCCUACAGUCUAGUACUUGGGAGGACCGCGAGUUCAAGCCCAGCCUGGAAACUUAGCGAGCCUCUGUCUUAAGAUAAAACAACAGAAGGAGCCCCGGGAGCGCAGCUCAGUGCAAAGGCCCCAGGUUCACCCCCAGAACAGCCACACCCACUGAGGCAGCGGCACGCCGGACACGCCCACACAGAGGCAGGCGGGGCGGGGCGGGGCGGGGCGGGUCCGGGCGGGGCGGGUCCAGGCAGGGCAGGCCCGGCUGGCUGGCGAACUGCCGUGAGGAGGUUGAAGGAACUUGCCAACCCUGUGCGCCAUAAGGGCAGGAGCCAAUGGUCUAUAAAUCGGUUUCCAAGGCAACGUGGCUGCCUUUUGCAGUGGUAGGAAGGGAACCCGGGGGCCUGCCCUAAGAUACACCCCAAGAUACACCCCCAGGCUUUUUUUUUUUUUCCUCCUCCUUUUGAGACAGGGUCUCCCUAUGCAGUUCAGGCUGGCCUUGA